AUGCGUGUGCCGUGGGACCUCAUCAACCUUGCCCGCAAGCACAAUGAGAGCAAGAUGAUCUGCCGCAAGUGCUAUGCACGCCUUCACCCCAAGGCCGCAAACUGCCGCAAGAAGAAGUGUGGCCACAGCAACGCGCUGAGGGCAAAGAAGAAGCUCAUGUGA